AUGAACAUUUGUGAGAACUUGUGUAGGUUUUGUUUAUUGAGAAAAGAUUUUGUAUCAAAGUUUGACGAGGUUCCUACACUAAACUACUACUGCUAUUUAUAUUAUUUUGGAUUGGGAAAAUUAUAUGACUGGGGUCAGUCAAUACUCAUGUACAACAAUUACAAUGCAAUGCGGAACAUGAAUAGAAUAAGUCAGCAAAAACUAUCUGUAUCUUCUGAAUUCAGAAGGCACUUCUUUGGGUCACAGCCUAAUAGUGACAAUUUCGGCUUGCUGACUCCCACUUUGUGCAAUACACUUGCAGAUGUUUUUCAAGCAAAUAGUCAAGUCUUCCUUGGUCAGGUCAAAACAAUUUCUAUGCGAGACACUAUGAAUAAUUUUGUUAAAAAAUACUAUAUGCAAAACUAUCAAAUGAUAUCUAGCAAUAAGAUUUGUGAAGUAGAACUUAAAGUUGUCCAAACUAUAGACAUUCACUUGCAGCAUGGCAACAAUAGCAGAGAAAAACUGCUCAACGUUGAGAAGUUUGGUGUGUUUUGA